UUGUUUUCGGGCCCCAGUACGCAGCCCUCAGUUGGGGCUGCUCCGCUGGCAGCGGGCGAGACCAGCUUCGCGGACGCGCGCUCGCGGACGGAGCCGAGAGAGCCCGAAAGCUGGGUCCGGUGGGCAGCGUCCCCUUGGUCGUCGGCCGCAGCGAUGUCUGCCCGGUGCUGUGCUGGCCAGUUGGCCUCUUGCUGCGGAUCUGCUGGCUGUUUCCUCUGCUGUGGCUGCUGCCCUAAGACCCGACAGUCGAGAACCACCCGCUUCAUGUAUUUACUCUACUUCAUCCUGGUCAUCGGCCUCUGCUGUGUGAUGAUGUCACCCUCUGUGACUAAGCAGAUGAAGGAGCAUAUUCCCUUUUUUGAAGAUUUCUGUAAAGGCAUUAAAGCUGGUGACACCUGUGAGAACCUGAUGGGCUAUUCUGCAGUGUACAGAGUCUGCUUUGGAAUGGCCUGUUUCUUCUUUGUGUUUUGCCUGCUCACUUUCAAAGUCAACAACAGCAAAGACUGCCGCGCCUACAUUCAUAACGGCUUUUGGUUCUUUAAACUUUUGCUGCUGGCAGCCAUGUGCUCAGGAGCAUUCUUCAUUCCGGACCAGGAGAGUUUUCUGAAUGCCUGGCGCUACGUGGGAACUGUAGGGAGCUUCAUCUUCAUUGCUAUCCAGCUCCUCCUGAUUGUGGAGUUUGCACAUAAAUGGAACAAGAACUGGACUGCAGGCACUGCCAGUAAUAAGCUGUGGUACGCCUCUCUGGUCCUGGCGACACUCCUCAUGUACUCUGUUGCUGCCGGAGGCUUGAUUCUGAUGGGAGUGUUUUACACACGGUGGGAUGGCUGCACCGACAACAAGAUUCUCCUGGGAGCACAUGGUGGCCUGUGCAUGCUCAUCUCACUGGCAGCCAUCUUGCCCUGUGUCCAGAACCGGCAGCCGCACUCUGGGGUGCUGCAGUCAGGGCUCAUAAGCUGCUAUGUCACCUACCUCACCUUCUCAGCACUGACCAGCAAGCCUGAAGAAGUCGUCCUAGAUGAACACGGGAAGAAUGUCACCAUAUGUGUGCCUGACUUUGGUAAAGACUUGCGUAGAGACGAAAACAUGGUGACCUGGCUGGGCACUAUUCUCCUCAUUGUGUGCAUCUCAUAUUCAUGUUUGACAUCAACAACACGGGCAAGCUCAGAUGCUCUGCAGAGACGAUAUGGAGCCCCUGAACUAGAAGUAGCCCGGUGCUGUUUUUGCUUCGAUCCAGAUGGAGAGGACGCUGAAAAGCAGCGGAAUAUCAAAGAGGGACCACGGGUCAUUUAUGAUGAGAAGAAAGGCACCGUCUACAGCUACUCUUAUUUCCACUUUGUCUUCUUUCUGGCUUCUCUCUACAUGAUGAUGACAUUGACCAGCUGGUUCCACUAUGAAAAUGCCACCAUUGAGACCUUCGUCAUCGGGAGCUGGUCCGUCUUCUGGGUCAAGAUGGCCUCCUGCUGGAUGUGUGUGGUGUUAUACCUGUGGACCCUGGUAGCCCCUCUUUGCUGUCCCUCUAGGCAGUUCUCUGUGUGAGGAUGUCCAAGUGCCCCUCGGCUCAGCAGGCCUGUGCCUACUCUGGAGGGCUGCCCUUUGAACUUGUGCACCCGCAGCAACUGGUGCCCUGUGAUAAGCUGUCACCCCCCUGGGUCUCUUUGGUGGGUCUGACAAAGCUUUCAGGAAAUAAGUAAAAUCUCCCAAUUAGCUUCUUAACUGUAAAAUCCAAAAGGAAACUACCAGUUUGACCCAGAGGAAUUGAAAUCUUUAGCCAAGCUGAUAAGUGCAAAUGUUUCUGUAAAGCUACCCUAUGUGGUAGCUAAAGUUUUGUUGCUAUUUUUCCUGGGUGUGUUUUAACCAGAGCAGAACUUGAGGCACCAUGUCCAUCACAGGGAUGAAAAUGGCCCUGUACGGCCUGUCAUCCUCAUUGUUGUUACACAGAGGCGACCACAGCCCCUGUCACUCACUCCUGCCCCCUAGAGCCCUCACAGCUCCAGUUUAUGUAGGGUAUAGGAGGAAGCCCCUCCUUUGAGCCCACCCUCAGAACUACUUCCCCAUGUCCCUGCCUGAGGUCAUGAUGCUGGGAGUCAUGGCCUUCCUUUCCUCUCUGCGCUUGGCAGUGGUCCGUCAUUCUUGUCUAGGGUUGCCUUUGAAAUAAUGUGAAAAGCACAAUUUGCUCUCAGCGCCAUGGGAUUCUCCGUGUUUUCCCUCCCCAAUCCAAGUCACCGCAGUAAUCAUGGCGCUCAUUUAAGGUGGCGUUUCUGUGACGGUGAAGCCAUGCUCAUGCUCUUUUCUUUGCCUGAGCGAGCAGUGGGGUUACAGUUCUUACUUGUUUGUGUCAUUAGCAGUAAUGCUUCAAGGAUCUUAGCAAAAAUGUCGCUUCUUGGCUGCAGCCUGCCACACCCCUCCAAGUAUUACGGUCAGGCCCCUGAGUCUCCUCCUCCAUGGCUUCCUCCUCACUUACAAUGUGUCCCCUAACUUAGCGUCACACUUCCCUUGACGUGGAAGGACUGGGGCGAGGAUCCCAGGCAACUUCAACAGGGCCGACCAGAUAGAGCUAUGGACUAGCUAUGGAAGUGCAGAAUUAGACUUAGAUGCAGAGGUAGGUGGCUGGGGUCACUCACAAGCUACGCUUGCACCCACCGGCACUGCCCAGCUACACCUGGGCAAGGCCUGCUCACAGGUGUGCAUUCUUAGUGCUGAUGUUGUCUGAGAGGAGCUUCCCCAGUGCCAAGGCUGCUGAAGACGCUGGUGGAGGUAUACUCUGCUUUCAUGGGAGUGGGGCUCCUCUCGCCAAGCCAGAAGGACUCAGUCUAGCCCGUGUGCGUAUGUGUGUAGGAGUGUGUACACAGAUGUGUGCCUACCUGAACAAGUCACAACCACCCAAGCCUGGUUCCCACAUGCAAAAAUGUCCAAUCCUUCAUUUCUGCUCCCUCCUGUGUCCUCCUGCUAAAAGUUCCGGGGGUGAGGGGGUUGCAGAGCGAUAGGGGUGAGUUCUCUGAAGAACUUGCCUUAUUUACAGUGUUUGAGGUUCAGUCUUAAAAGGUACAUAGAUAAGGUUACCUUGUCUGUAAACCUCACCACAAUUCCUAUAGGUCAGGGGCUCUCAGCACUUCAAAGACACACACAUGAGCAUCACAAAACACAUAACUGUGUACUAACUCCAAACAAGUCUAGUUAAUCCAAUAGGAACGAGAGCCCAUCCACAGGGAGUGCUUCAGAAAGCAGGCUGUGUGAGCCAGUGCUAUGGCCAUUGCUGUGCCUGAAGGCCAUGCUGUGAGAAAAUGCAGAGGGGCCCAGGAGCCGUGGGAAUUCUGCCAAGGUCUAGUCAGUCCUGCAUCCAGUGGCAGGCCCUGUGGCUUCCCUCUCACACAGCCAUGCCUUACUUACUUUCCAGCUGCCUAAGUCUUGGCUGAGUGCGUGCCCUGCCCUUCAGAAGCUGUGUCUCACACAAGAGGCAGAGCAGGCCGAUCCUGUCUGUGUGCACGCUCAGCUGGUACUGUUAGGUUGAUAGUCAGAAGUGGCCAGUGGGUGACUCGAGAAACUGGAAGGUGGGCCAGUUGCUUUGAGUUAACAUCAGCGUUGUUAGCGUGCUGGAUCCGCCGGGAGCUUUUCUAGACAACAGACUGCCUCCUGCAAUCACACAGGACUACCGAUGUGCAAGCCUCGCGUGCUCGAGGCUUCUCAUCUGAGCCCUGUGGUCAUGCAGCCUGGCAGCAGAGUUUUAAAAGCUGUGUGUGUUCCUCUCCCGCUCUCGUUUAUGAGUCAGGCAUUAUGCCAUGGAGGGAUUCUCCUAGAAAUCUUGCGUAGACGUAGUACCCAGGUGGAGACUGGAGACGGCCCCAGUGUUCACCUUUGGAAAGCCUGCGGUGCAUUGCUGAGCCGAGUUUUUGUGGUGCUGCACAGCUGAUCUGGGUUUCUUGGGAAGUCAGCAGAUGAAUUGUUUUCCAGAAGUUUGGGGAAGUUUUAUGUAGUGAGUGAACUGAAGUAUGGAAGGAGCUGGGGAGAGUGUGGGGUAUUGAGACUGGGGUUCUGAUUCUCACACGGUGGCAAUGUCCCAGUUCCAUGGGGACUUAACUCUAGUGUUAAUUGACCCUUUCCAAAAUUGCCAUCCUCUGCCUUUUUCUGAUGAUGUAUUCAUUUAAAUUUGCCAGAAGCCCGUCAUUGCUGCUUCAUGUUACCCUGGAAAGGGAGCUCCAGAGCCUGGAUUUAAACUUCUCGGGCUUCUCUUUCAUUGCCUUUCUAAACAGUAUCUCAUUUUGGUGUGCCAAAAUGUAUAUCACUGCACAUCAUAUAUAGUGCUAAGAAGAGAAAAUAAGAAAGACUGAACACUCAGAAAGGACCCUGAGCCCUCUUCCAUCAGAGAUGAGGUUGACACCUGGGUCAUAGAAUCUCUCAAGGUUUUUUCUGUAACUUACUAGUAGAAUUUUCAUUUCCUACAGAGAUGAGCUCUCUCAUGUUGAAGUGACUUCAGCAGACAGGACAGUGGAUCCCAAGGACUUUGGCUUGUUCACAGUUUCCAUUCUCUAUCAGUGAAUCAUUCCUAGAGAUAGUUAUUUUGAAAGGCCAAAAUACUUGGCUUUUACCAAAGAGACAUUUGAUUUUGUUUUAGUUGGGGAAGGGCACAUCAGAAGUGCAUUUACCCAGUUGGCUUCCAGAGAAGUUUAACCACAUUCAUGUGAGGAAAAUGAUGGAAGAACUUUUUAAGGUAAUCCUUUGGGAGAAAGGUCCUGGGAAGUUCUCUCAGGUAAAGAAAGAUUACAGCAGAUGAGUAAUAUAUGUCUUGAGAGCUAUUUAUAUAAAUUUUAAGAGGAUCAUUUUUUUUCAUUUAUUAAAGAUUUAAACUUUUUUACUUUGCAAAGAAAAACUACAAACAUUUUUACAGUCAUAAUUGUUAAUUUUUUAAAAAGAAUUUUUGGAAAUAAUUAGGUGUAGCCAAAUUUUGUGGUUACGUUCUUGCUGUAGUGGUGUUUGAGUGCAAUGUGUGUGGUAUGCCUACUGUUGGUUUAUAAAGGUCUCUGACAUGCUUAGAUUUUGCUACCUUUAAAAAUAGUUAUUUUUCCCAUUAGCUACAAACCCAAUUACGAAUUUGUAUUUGUUUUUUUGAAUGCUAAUUUUUCUAUGAAGCACCUGAAAUAGACUGACCUUUUCUUAUGUAGAAAACUCAGACUUGUUAACUCUGUACUUUAAUAAAAUAUAAACUUGAAAACCAU